UUAUGUUAGUAUUAAUUCGUCAUUCGCCUUAGGCGAACGUGCCGCGUCGCCGCUUGUCGCCGGCUGCAAUCGUUCAGUGCAUCAGCUGCGUCGAUCGAUAUGUUUUGUGUUGUGCCGACUCCUGUAUAAAGUUUGAAUGAUUGAUUUGAAACUUAACGACUUUUAAUAUGAUCGCGACUUUUGAACUAAAGUGCCAAACGAUCGCCGAUGUCCGCAUGACUUGGAUAAAUUAAAAGAGGGCUUGGUGAACCAUGGGUGCGCCAGCUUGGGGUUCGCGCGGCGGCGGCGACCGGCCGCGGCUGCUGCGCAUGACGCCGCUGCGGCACAGCUUCGCGGCUCCUGCCUCGCCGCCCGCGCAGCCGCCCCCGCGCUCCCACGACUACGCCUCCGACGCCGAUACUAAUAAGAAAGAAGAAAGUUGGAACGCAAACCUGUCACAAAGAUGGAGAAAGUUGCGUCGCCGUUGCUCGCGGCUACGACCUGGAUCUGGCAACCGCGAGCCUAGCCCCGUGCGGUGCUCGCCUUCGCCGCCGCGGCCGCCUCCACACUGCUCGCCGGCGCCGCCGGCUAAGCUAUCCUUCAGACAUCGCGGGAAAGUGUACACCACGGCUUCUCUACGAGUGACUAACGGAGCGCCCGAUCUCCUUCGCGCCUUAGGCAAACUCGGUGGAGGACUUCGACGACGGGCUCUAUCAGCUCAUGACGUCCUUGCCCCGCAACAGCAGCAACAACCUGCUACCUUCUACGUUCCUAGCCCAACCUCUGUGAGAACACCGCCAUCGCCGUCUCCUCCGCGACAAAGUACUCUGCGUCGGCGAUGCAGUUCUCCAAACGUGUACCGCGCUAAAGCUUCGCCGGCGCCUCGCGAUCGUGCCCCGCUAAUCUGUCCUGACGACGAGAACCGUGACGUGGUAGACUUUAAUUAUAUACCUGAACGUAGAAAAAGUAGUGAAUCAAGAACUAGAAGGCCUUACAGUGAAAACGUGGAAUUAGAUGCUCCAGUGUAUAGAAAUGGGUACAGUCGCUUAACGCCAGAACCCUCACAGAGGCUAUGGGAGGAGCCAUACCGCUUGCCUCGGGUGCAGGCCCGGCAGGACCCCAUGCAGCCGCUGCGCAACGGCGUGGCCGAGCUGCGCGUGAGCGCGACCCCCAGGAGCGCGCGCCCGCCACCUGCGCCGCCUGCUUCAGGACCACAAACCAAACGACCACCGCCACCAGAACCACGUGAUGGGGUACAGUCUUUUGAGGUUCGAUUCACCAAAUCAGCAGGAGGCAAAGGCCUCGGGUUCAGCAUCGUGGGUGGCCGGGAUUCUCCGCGCGGCAACAUGGGCAUCUUUGUCAAGACGAUCUUCAAUAACGGACAAGCGGCUGAAUCGGGCUUGCUGCGCGAAGGAGACGAGAUAGUAUCAGUAAACGGGCGCGGCACGGCGGGUCUGACUCACGGCGAGGCCAUCCGACUGUUCAAGGACGUGCGCGCCGGGCCCGUGUUGCUGCGUGUGUCGCGGCGUGCGCCGGCGCCGAUGCGCUGACUGCCCUGCGCCUGCUGCGGCCCGCCGCACCAGGCGCAAGACUACUACUCCACCUUGUAAAGAUGUAAUUGAAGCAUACGAGUUUAAUAGGUUGCCAGUCGAGAUAAUAUUAGUAACAGGCAAACCUGAAUGAUACACGAGGCUAUCCCACUGCUAAAGGACUUGUAUUGCUGUGCUUAGCGCUGCGUACGCCGGCGCCGAUGCGCUGACUGCCCCGCUGUUAAAGUAUUACUCCACCUUAUAAAGAUGUACAUACUUGAAGCCUAUAAUAGGUCGGUCGUCGUGGUUGAUAUCAGUAAACGGGCAGGCUUGAUGCACGGGGCCAACCGACUGUUCAAGGACAUACUGCUGCGCUUAGCGCGGCCGGCGCCAAUGCGCUGACUGCACCUAUUGAAAAGAUAUAUUUGAAGCCUAUAAUAGAUCGCCGGCAGGCCUGGUGCGCGAGGCCCACCGACUGUUAAAAGGACGUGGCGCGGCGUGCGCCGGCGCCGGUGCGCUGACUGCCGUGCGCCAAACACUUACUUUAAGCCUAAAAUAGGCGUGCGUGAUGUUGCCAAAUAACAAUAAGUUAGUCCAAGCUCUGACGCCGUGGCUUGCGUGGGCGACGGUCGCGCGAUGGUCGCGCGACGGCGAUGCGACGCAUACGAAAUCAAACCUUAUCGAUAUGAAAGUAUGAGACGCGACGGCGACGGUCGCGCGACCGUCGCCCACGCAAGACACGGCGUGAGGGUUCGGGCUAGAAUUGUAUUCCAUAUCCCAAAUAAAAUUUUAAUCUGUAAUCUAAUAAAGUAGGGAAGUCCUCGCAAUUUUCGAUAAAUUGAAAUAUCAGCCUAUUUACCUACACCUAACAAAGUAUGUGGUAAGUAUGUGAUAUUAUACGCUCAAAGGAUACUUUAACAGUAAAUGUCAUAAUCAUAAUUUACAUUUAUACUGAAGAGAAUGGCUCAAGGAGUCAUUUCAAUAACAUAUUUGCGACUUUGUAUAUCACUAACUACCUUCAGAUCGCUUUUUCACGGGGCAUUACAUAUUAAUAUUUAGGUACCUAAACCUAAGUGUCUCUUCGACACUUUAGAAUUCAACAAGACCAUUAUUACCUGAAUAUUCCUGGCAGUCAAAUUACUCGCUUUAAAAAGUGAGGGCUUACUUUUACAGUACAUAUGGCGUUAGGUUACCGCACUAGUGCGCAAAAAGGUACUUUACUUGCUUAUGAAACUCCAUAUACUUCCAUAUACUUAUAUUGUAAAACAAACAUUCCUUUUAAUGGAAUUUUCACUUUUCCGCACGCGUAUCGUAAUGUACUUAAGUACUAUUAACAUUCUGUUACUUGAAGUUUUCAAUAUUUACAUGAACUGGCAAUAGAUUUAAUAACCUUUUAAUAUGUAAAUACGCACAUUUUAGAAUUAAAUGAGUUAACUAAUAUAUUGAUAGGAUUUGGAUGCAGCUUUGACUAAGCUUUAAAAUAUUUAUGUAAUGGCAAGUAUACAAUUAUAAUAUUAAGCAUAUUUUUGAGGAAUUAUUCACAUACAAUUGUGUAGGUAUUUUGCCUAAUAAAUAUAUACAUACAUACAUACAUCAGACAUGUAACAAUGGGCCAUAUUUCGAAGUACAUCAACACAUUAUUAGUAUAACAUCUUACAAUUACAUUAUGUGGCAACCAUCGAAAAUCUAUCUACUCGUAAUAUUGUCCACGCACAAUAACCAUAUAGUAUUGUACUACUUUGCUUGAAAAGUAAAAGAUUUACAUACAUAAAUAGGUAAACAAUAAUAUAGAAAGUCCUAGGCACAGAAGAAAAAUGGCAAUCAUGGGUGGAAAUAAAUAACGCCUGUCGUGUCUGUAAUUUUGUAUCGAGAAAAGAAGAGUGCGUAGGUAUUUUGGUAGUUUAUUGUAUGUAUCUACUAAAAGCCGUAGGAUAUAUUUAUGGCUCAUAGAUUAGCUAAGCAAAUUUUGUAAAGAUAUUCGUGUUGGAUUAAGUGUAGGUAUAAAGAAUAGUGACAUUAGUGGCCUUGUUUAGCAAGGUUUUAGUAUUAAAGCUAAAAACUAAACAAAGAACUACGCCCAAACAUUGACACAAUUUUUAAAAUUGUCUGUGAUAUUGACUCUACACCGAGUUGAAAAAUGUAUUUGCACUUUUUAGUGCUCUUUACAAACUUAAAUAGGCUACUAACUUAUUUUUAUAGAAACUAUUUAAAGUCGAGUAGUGUAUUAUAUGCGCUUAUAAAUUUAUAUAAAAAUAGCGUUUUAUAUUUUUUAUUUAUGUACGAUUUUAAAAUCUAAAGAUAAAUUUGUAGAAAAUAACUGCAAUAAUCAUAAUGUAACGUAUUUUUGUACAUUUUAAAAUUAGAAACGCGAAGUGCUUUAUACAAAAUAAAAAGUGUAAGUA